CGCCGCCCGCGUAGCGCCAUUUUGAAAGUGUAGAGCUUGGAGGAGGCAGAUGCGAGGGAAAUCUCAAAGUGCAGUGCAAAGUCUGUAGACCAGUACUGAACGCUGUGUGUUAGUCUUUCAGUGUUGUAAAAAAGUAGCGUCGUGUUUUAAGCAGCCGCUGGACUGAGGGCGUUUGGAGUUAGCAACAGCCUCAUUCCUCCACUGCUCCUCGGUCAGAACCACCCCAACCGACCCGGGUCAGCAGCACUGCUUCAGUCCAGGGCCUGAACCUGCUACAGAGAGCCCAGUCCCUCACCAUGGCAGGUAAAAGAAAACUGUCAGAACGGCCCGGUGGUGGGAGCAGCGAUGUGCAGUGGUGCUUCUCUCAAGUCAAAGGAGCGAUGGAUGAUGAUGUGGCUGAAGCUGACAUUAUAUCUACUGUUGAAUUCAAUCACACUGGGGAGCUGCUUGCCACUGGGGACAAAGGAGGUCGUGUUGUCAUCUUCCAGCAGGAGCCAGAGAGUAAGAACCAGCCUCAGUGCAGAGGAGAGUACAAUGUUUAUAGCACCUUCCAGAGCCACGAGCCCGAGUUCGACUACCUGAAAAGUCUUGAGAUUGAAGAGAAAAUCAACAAGAUUCGAUGGCUACCUCAGAAGAAUGCAGCACAGUUCCUUUUGUCCACAAAUGAUAAAACUAUCAAGCUGUGGAAAAUUAGUGAGCGAGACAAGAGACCAGAGGGCUACAAUUUGAAGGAAGAAGACGGGCGAUACAGAGAUCCCAAUUCUGUCACAACACUGCGGGUGCCGGUGUUGAGGCCCAUGGACCUGAUGGUGGAAGCCAGCCCCAGACGAGUGUUUGCCAACGCUCACACAUACCACAUCAACUCCAUAUCGGUCAACAGUGACCAUGAGACCUAUCUGUCUGCAGACGACCUGCGCAUAAACCUCUGGCAUCUGGAGAUCACCGAUCGCAGCUUUAAUAUUGUUGACAUAAAGCCAGCGAACAUGGAGGAGCUGACAGAAGUGAUCACGGCUGCAGAGUUUCACCCCGACCAGUGCAACACUUUUGUUUACAGCAGCAGCAAGGGAACCAUCCGCCUGUGUGACAUGAGGGCAUCAGCACUGUGUGACCAGCAUGCCAAAAUGUUUGAGGAGCCAGAAGACCCAAACAACCGUUCGUUCUUUUCUGAAAUCAUCUCGUCCAUCUCCGAUGUCAAGUUCAGCCACAGCGGACGGUACAUGAUGACGCGAGACUACCUGUCCGUCAAAAUUUGGGAUCUGAACAUGGAAACCCGGCCAGUAGAGACAUAUCAGGUGCAUGAAUAUCUCAGGAGUAAGUUGUGUUCACUUUAUGAGAACGACUGCAUUUUCGACAAGUUUGAAUGCUGCUGGAAUGGCAAUGACAGCGUUGUGAUGACUGGUUCCUACAACAACUUCUUCAGGAUGUUUGACAGGGACUACCGGCAGGACGUGACCUUCGAGGCGUCACGGGAAAACAGCAAGCCGCGGUCGGUCCUGAAGCCUCGCAAAAUAAGCACAGGUGGGAAGCGCAAAAAGGAUGAGAUCAGUGUAGACAGUCUGGACUUUAACAAGAAGAUCCUCCACACUGCCUGGCAUCCGCUGGACAACAUCAUUGCUGUGGCCACCACCAACAAUCUGUACAUAUUCCAAGACAAACUGAACUAAAGUCCAUUAACCCACUCAGAUCCCGAUUUCUUCUUUAGCCCUCUUUUCGCUCUCAGAUUGAAACAAAAUCCGUCUUAGUCCAAGCCCCUGAAGCUUGAUCAAAUCUGUCCUUUUGAUUAUGUGAGAAGACUUACUUUGUAAACGGUGCCAUACAUCCAGCCAGGCCAUAGAAAAAAAAAAGCAUCAUAGUGUGCUGUUAGUUUCUUCCAUUAGAAGCACUCCAUCCAUCGGGCUUCCAUUUCUAACUCUACUACAUCCCAAACCAAAGGGAAAAUCUACGUUUUAUCGCUUGUUCGUGCCAUAUUGACAUGAUUCAUUUGUCUGUUAUUCCUACUGGUUAACUUUCUGUUCGUUUUGGUUUUGUCUUCCUGUCACCAAGUUCAUUUUUGUACUGCCCUGAUUCAUCAAUACAAAGCUGUCGAUUCUUUUAUUUGCCCAACAAGUAUCAAGUUGCCAAGUUCUUUCCUUAUGUACUGUAUGAUUAUUGUUAAAGGACUAAUUUAGCAUUUCAUUAUGUUUAGCUCAUUGUCUAAAAGAAAAAAGAAAAAAAAACUUUGGAUAAAUAAUAUCAAAGCUAACAGAGUACAAAUAUUUUUGAUUUUUUUUUUUUUUUUUAACUUUGACUCAGCUGCUUGUUUACAUUCAUCUCUCUUCUUUAAGAAAAUCUCCUGGGUUUGAUUUUACAUUUCUAUAACGCAUUGUAUCGAGUGUUUUGGCCAUUUGUUUCGAUAUAGGAUACAUCCUGCAAACGACUUCGAUUCAUUCAAGAGCGGUCUUGUUGAAGCGGCCUGUCAUUCGAGUUCAAUGUUCACCACACACUCGUUCAAGCGAGCCCAUUAUCGGCGACAGAGAGAGCCAGGAGAUGUCCUUGAUAUUUUUUAUUCACUCAGGUUUAUGGGGCAGCACUAGAAAAAUGGGUGUAAAACCAAAAUGUAUGACAGGUUUUCUUACAGAAGUGUGUUUUAUCACUGUAAUUCUGCUGUGGUUGAGUUUGUAGUAAAUGGAAGUAGGUGAAAUGUU